AUGGCAUUCACAGGGACUUUAGAAAAAUGCAAAGUCUGUGAGAAAACUGUUUAUUUUCUUGAAAUGAUAUCAGCUGAUGGAAUCAAUUAUCAUAAAACAUGCUUCACAUGCAGCCAAUGUAACGGCAAACUUACGAUAAGCACUUAUUCCUCAUUGGAAGGAGUUCUAUUUUGCAAACCACAUUUUGAGCAAAAGUUCAAGGAGAGAGGAGGUCUUCCUAAAGUCACACCUGCGAAUAAACCGAGUGAUACGGGAAAAGCCCCAAAUAAAUUUUCUGCCUUGUUUUCUGGAACCCAAGAUAAAUGUGCAGCUUGUAAGAAAACUGUGUAUCCACUGGAAAAGGUAACUGUGGAAGGUGAGUUUUAUCAUAAAGCAUGUUUCCGAUGCACUCGAGGAGGUUGCUUUCUUACUCCAUCAAAUUAUGCGGCUUUAGACGGAAAUCUAUUCUGCAAACCACAUUUCUCACAGCUUUUUAAAGAGAAGGGAAGUUAUUCUCACCUCAAAGAAGCGGUGAAGAAAGCUACAACAUCAAAAGAAGGUGGCGAAGAGGCAACAGAGGAAAAAGAGGAAAAAGAGGGAGCACCGGAAGAAGAACAGGAGUAAAAUGAAAAGUGAACGUCUUAACUGUCAAAAGAAAAUGAAUCAAAUUAGGAAUAAAUUAAAUUAUAAAAUCUCAAAAUGAUUACAAAAGAUUUAAACUCUUAUUUAUUUACUUUACAUUCAAAUUAGGGAUGAUGAGAAACACAUGGUUUUGUGAGAGGUAA